AUGUUCAAUAAUAUCUCCAACUGGUUCUCCUCCAAGCAGGAACCUACCCAGGAAGCUACCUGGAACGCCAUCACCGCGAAUGUCCAAACCCACCAGCCCACCAGCCCUGACGCCCCCUCCACCGAGCACGUUGUGACCGAGCAGCCCAACUCCGAGCAGAACAUGAAGCUCCGCGGCGGUGGCGCCGGCGACGUUUGCUGCGGCCUGUAA